AUGUAUGUGAAAUGGUUUGAUACAGUAAUGUUUUAUGUGAUUUUGUGAUUUUAGUGAAUGUCACUUUUUGUCAUUUUGAAAUUUCCCGCCGUUCCGUCCUACCUACGUCCCGACGCUCGCAGGGGACGGAACCCAGAUGACAGAUGCCGGCAUCCGCCGAAUUACAUUGCCGGGGACACUGUAGGAGGGACAUCGCGGGAGCAUAGGACAAGGUAAGUGAUCGAGGGAUCACAGAGCAGAGCCGCAUGGUAAGCCCGAGUGUAGCUCGGGGUUACCGUUUUUGCUACACUCGGGAAUACCGCCAGGGAGGUUA